AUGGCUUUCUUUACUCUCCACACGACCAAAGAACCAUCCUGGUUUAUCAUGAUGCCGGCGCUCAAGAGGCAUCACCAUCCGAGUAUUAUGUCCUCGACAAUUAUCAUGAAAGGAUUCCAAUGGAUUCUCCCUCUAAACCAAGGUAUGCUCGAACGAGCCUUUAGGAUUUUCUUUAAAAAGACAUUCUCUUUAGAAUCGUCUGUACAAAGACGUCAUUUUAUUGCCUUAACCCUACGAAUGAGUAAUGGCUCCGGGGUUAUCUAUAACGAGAAGUGUUUAUAUAUGGGAGAUUGGAUCAACCCCUUAUGGUUAAAGGUUUUAGGGUUUCGAUACCGCCAUGGCUGCCGCUUGUUCUUUCGUUUCCACCAAAGUAAGUCCUCAUUUUGUAUUUUAAGAUUUGCAAAGAAGUGCAUUCCUAUACGGCAAAAAGUAGUUGUAUGGUCACCGAACAGGAACAAUCCUGUUCAAGUGAAUGCAACAUUUCAGCUCAGCCAAGAUGGAGAUUUGAUCCUGAAAGAUUCUGGUGGCAGAAUGGUAUGGUCAAGCCAAACAGAGGGCAACUCUGUUACCGGAAUGAACUUGAAGGAAGACGGAAAUCUUGUGCUUUUCGGCCAAAACAAUGAGCCCGUUUGGCAAUCUUUUGAUUAUCCUGCUGAUUCCUUACUUGUAGGACAGAAGUUUGAAAGCGGACAGAAGCUGACGGCCAGUGUUUCAGAUUCAAAUUGGAGUGAAGGUUCGCUACAUCUUUCUGUUGAUUUUGAAGGGUUGGGUGCUUAUGUAAACUCAGAUCCGCCUCAAAGAUAUAGUUUUUUUAAGUCUCUUUAUAAGUCUCCAUCUGUUUUACUCACCAAUGCAAGCUUAAUCUUCCAAGGUGAUAUCAAUGAGACAAUCCGGAACUUCAACAACGGUACCAUCUCAUCAUCAGUUGCACAAUUCAUGAAGUUGGAGCCAGAUGGGCACCUGAAGGUAUUUGAGUGUGGUGAAAAUGGUUGGACAUUACUUGUUGAUCUCAUAGACUUAAAAUCUGGAGCUUGUGGGUACCCCUUGGUUUGUGGAACGUACGGUGUCUGUUCGGACGGUAGGCAAUGUGGUUGUCUGGAAAUGUCAAGUAAUCAUGGAAACUAUUUCAGAGAACUGAGUUUUGGACAACCAAAUCUUGGAUGUUCAUUGGUCACGCCAAUUUCAUGUGACGAUUCCCAAUAUCAUAUUCUUCUGCCGCUGAGCAACACAUAUUACUUUGCCUUUUCUCUAGAUGAACAACAAAUGUCAGUGGAUGAGUGCAAAACUCUUUGCAUGAGAAACUGCUCCUGCAAAGCUACUGUUUUUGGAAAACAGGCCUUCAAGGGUAGAAGUUCAAUAAAUGGCAGUUGUUUAUUACUAAAUGAAGUAUUUUCUAUUGCCGACAAUGGAAAUGGGUUCGUAUCACCAUAUAAUACAACUCUUUAUGUUAAGGUGCAACAGCAACAUCCUUACGUGAAGGCGGAAACUCCUACUGUAUCUGGGGUGUCCUGCGUGAUUGUUUCAUGGCUUAUUUGUUUCAGGAGGCGAGAAAAGGAACAAAGUGAAAUCGAAGAUGAUUUUCUAUGCGUACCAGGAAUGCCUACAAGAUAUUCUUACGAAAACUUGAAAGCCACCACUGAAGGUUUUAGUAAGAAACUCGGGGAAGGAGGCUUUGGAUCUGUUUAUGAAGGAAUGCUAAGCGAUGGAACUAAAGUAGCAGUCAAGUGUCUUGAUGGCUUAGCAAAAGUGAGAGAUUCCUUUCUUGUGGAAGUAAAGGCAAUUGGAGGCAUUCACCAUGUAAAUCUGGUGAAACUAAAAGGAUUUUGUUUUGAGAAAUCACAUAGGCUUCUUGUGUAUGAAUAUAUGGCCAAUAAAUCCCUGGACAGGUGGAUCUUUCAUGAAAACGAAGAAAACCAUUGUCUUCCAUGGCACAUCAGGAAAAAAAUCAUCUCAGAUAUAGCCAAGGGAUUGGCCUACCUUCACGAAGAAUGUAGUCCAAAAAUAAUUCACUUGGAUAUCAAGCCAGAAAACAUCCUCUUGGAUGAGACCUUCAAUGCAAAAAUUUCUGAUUUUGGGCUGUCCAAGCUGAUUGAAAAGGAUCAAAGCAGAGUCAUCACGACGAUGAGAGGAACGCCGGGAUACUUGGCUCCUGAAUGGUUGAGUGCAGCCAUCACCGAAAAGGUGGAUGUAUACAGCUUCGGCAUAGUAAUGAUCGACGGCGACAAACACUUGCUUGCUGUGUUUAAGGGAAAAGCCGAAGAAGGAAAACUCAAGGAAUUGGUGGAUAAAAGAAGUGAAAUUAUGCAAGAGAACAUUGAAGAAGCCGUGGAGAUGAUGAAGAUUGCAGCAUGGUGUCUGCAAGGUGAUUUCACCAAAAGGCCGUCGAUGUCUUUAGUGGUUAAGGUGAUGGAGGGAUUGAUUUAUUGUCCGGUGCAAGAUAAAUCGGAAUCCCUCCAUCUCACUCAAUUCAAUGCUCAUAAAGUUGGCUGUUCAUUUCGAUCAUCAUCCAUAGAUGUAUCAGCUGUAUUUUGA